GUAAACUACGGAUAGAACAAUGAGACGGCAAGUACUGUGUUUCAUCACGAUCUUCUCUCUCGGUUCAGUUCUCGGACAAGUCAGCUACUCUAUACCGGAGGAAAUGGCAAAGGGAUCUGUAGUGGGCAACAUAGCACGGGAUUUAGGGUUGGAUGUGAAAAGACUUAAGUCAGGUAAAGCCCGUAUAUUUACGGGCGACAGCGCAGAAUACAUCGAGCUGAGUAGGGAAAGAGGAGUCCUCCUCGUGAAAGAGAGAAUUGACAGAGAGUCGCUCUGCAGACAGACUACGCCUUGUGCUUUACAUUUACAGAUUAUUCUAGAAAACCCAAUGGAGCUUUUUCGAAUAACAGUAGAGAUAACCGAUAUCAACGACAACAGUCCCAGUUUUAAAAAUGACGAGAAACGUUUUGAAAUUAGCGAAUCCGCAGUUACAGGAUCUAAAUUUGUAUUGGAAAGAGCGGUUGAUGCAGACAUUGGCUUAAAUGGACUGAAAAAUUACAGCUUGAAACCUACUGAUAAUUUUGUAUUGAACAUACAAAGUCAUUCAGAUGGAAUUAAAAAGGUCGAAAUGGUGUUGCACAAGCCGUUAGAUCGAGAGAAAGAAGAACACAUAUCGUUGUUGUUGACAGCUGUAGAUGGAGGAGAACCUCAAAUGUCUGGCACAGUAAAGAUUUAUGUGACCGUGCUCGAUGUAAACGACAAUGCUCCUGUGUUUAUGCAGUCGCUUUACAAGGCAGUCAUAGCCGAAAAUUCUCCGAAGGGAACAACAUUGAUAACUGUGAGUGCUUCUGAUGCAGAUAAAGGAACAAACGGGGAAAUGUCUUAUUCAGUAUCGACCACUAUGGACAGUGUUUCUGAUAUAUUUACAAUAAACGAAAACGGUGAAGUAAUAUUAGUCGGUGAAGUUGACUUUGAAAAAGCCAAGUAUUACCGAAUUGAUAUCGAAGCUCAAGACAGUGGGGGUCUUUCUGAUUCCAGUAAGAUUAUUGUUGAUGUUAUUGAUAUUAAUGAUAAUAAGCCUGUAAUCAGUAUACUUUCCAAAUCUGAUUCAAUACCAGAAGACUCUCCCCAAAAUACAGUUAUUGUUAUGUUCAGUGUCCUUGACCCAGAUUCAAGUAACAAUGGUCACGUGAACUGCAGAAUAAAUGGCAACAUACCAUUUACUAUUACCACUUCUUCGAAUGAUUUCUAUAGUUUAGUGACAGAUAAUGAUUUAGACAGAGAGACAGCCUCGGAUUAUAAUAUAACGGUGACCUGCUCUGAUGAGGGAGAGCCCUCCCUCUCCAGCAGCGUCACUCUCACCUUGCAGAUCUCUGAUGUGAAUGAUAACGCGCCUGUCUUUGAGAGGAGCUCAUAUGAGGCCUACAUUGUAGAAAACAACACACCAGGUCUCUCUAUAUUCACAGUGAAAGCCAGAGACGCUGACUGGAACCAGAAUGCCCGUGUUUCUUACAUACUGGAGGACUCCUCUGUUAACGGAGUGCCAGUCUCCUCAUAUGUGUCCGUUAGUGCUGAUAGUGGAGUCAUCCAUGCAGUGCGCUCUUUUGACUACGAGCAGAUCAAAGAUUUCCACUUCCGUGUCAAAGCUCAGGAUGGAGGCUCCCCUCCACUCAGUAGCAAUGUGACUGUGAAAGUAAUGAUCCAGGACCAGAACGACAACCCUCCUCAGGUUCUGUACCCAGUCCAGACUGGUGGCUCUCUGGUGGCUGAGAUGGUGCCUCGUUCAGCAGAUGUGGGCUAUCUGGUCACUAAAGUGGUGGCUGUUGAUGUGGACUCUGGACAGAAUGCCUGGCUCUCCUAUAAACUGCAGAAAGCCACAGACAGGGCGCUGUUUGAAGUGGGCUUACAGAAUGGAGAAAUAAGAACUAUCCGCCAAGUCACUGAUAAAGAUGCUGUGAAACAAAGACUGACUGUUAUAGUGGAGGACAACGGGCAGCCCUCUCGUUCAGCUACAGUCAUUGUUAACGUGGCGGUGGCGGACAGCUUCCCUGAAGUGCUGUAUGAGUUCACUGACUUUACACAAGACAAGGAGUACAAUGACAACCUGACUUUCUACUUAAUGUUGGCUUUGGCUGUAGUUUCCUUCCUCUUCAUCACGUGUUUAGUGGUUAUUAUAUCAGUGAAGAUCUACAGGUGGAGACAGUCUCGCGUCAUGUAUCACUCCAAUCUCCCUGUGAUUCCGUAUUAUCCACCACGUUACUCAGACACUUUGGGGACAGGGACUCUCCAACACGUGUACAACUACGAGGUGUGCAGGACGACUGACUCCAGAAAGAGUGACUGUAAGUUCGGCGGAGCCGGUAGUCAGAACGUGCUGAUAAUGGACCCCAGUUCUACAGGAACGAUGCAGCGGAUACAGAGUGAAAGGAGCAUCCUGGAUGAACCAGACUCUCCUCUAGAGGUUAGUCUACUGGAAUGGUACAACAUAUUGCAUUACACCUUUGUUCUAUCUAUUCACUAUUUUUCCCACUAA